AUGAGUUGUAUACGUUGGAAUUGCCGUGGGCUUGGAAACCCGCAGGCCAGACAAUUCUUAGCGGACCUUGUGUCCCAAAAGAAGCCCAAUUUGUUAUUUCUUUGUGAAACUUUUUGUAAUAAGGUUAGUAUGGAGAGAAUUAGAGCCCAAUUGGGGUUUGAUUGUUGUUUUGUGGUGGAUAACUGGGGUCAUAGUGGAGGGUUGGCACUGAUGUGGAAAGUUGCGAAUGAAGUUGCGAUUCAGGGGUACUCGUUUAAUCAUAUUGAUGCAAAUGUCACUCUUCAGCAGUCUACGACUUGGUGUUUCACGGGGGUCUAUGGCGAGCCAAAACGAGAGUUGCGAUACAAGACUUGGACUCUUCUUCGGUCACUCAAAAACGAUAGCACUCUUCCAUGGUGCAUUAUGGGGGACUUGAACAACUUGGGUUCUCAACUUGAGAAGAAAGGUGGUAGGAUAUACCCGGAUGGUCUAAUUGCGGGUUUUAAUGGGGCUUUGAGCGACUGCAAUUUGCUUGACUUGCCUCUUGUUGGCUACCCGUAUACAUGGGAGAAGGGAAGAACUAGUGGGGACUGGAUUGAAGAAAGACUCGACAAGGCCUUGGUGACUCACGACUGGUUGGCUCUGUAUGCUCAGCCGGUUCUUUACAACCUCGAGUUCUCUACGUCCGAUCAUUGCCCAAUUCAUUUGGUCUUCAAAGGUGUGUUUCCAGCUACUUCAUUCAUUUCUUUCCGUUUCGAAAAUGCUUGGCUCCGAGAGCCAUUGUGUAAACAACUUGUUGAAGGAUGUUGGGAAGGCUCGGGUUCACUUACUAUUCAAGACAAAAUUCAAAAGUGUGGUGAGGUUUUGGGGAAGUGGGGGCGUGACAUAACUGGGAGCUUUCACAAGCGUAUUAGCCAGUGCAAAGACCAAAUAAGAAACUCCAAAUGGGGCAGGGAUCCGAUUUCAAUUCAGCAACAUCAGGAAGCAAAGGCUAAUUUGUCAAAGGUUUUAGCUCAACGUGAAAUCUUUUGGAAGCAAAGAUCAAAGCAAUUUUGGCUAAAUUUGGGUGACAAGAAUAGCACGGUGCUUGAUGGAGUCCGCCCUUCUGUAUCCCGUGAGCAAAAUGAUGAACUUUUAUUGCCUAUUUCGGAGGAGGAAGUGCGAAGUGCUUUAUUCCAAAUGCACCCUGAUAAGUCCCCGGGACCUGAUGGCAUGACCCCAGCGUUUUAUCAAAAGCACUGGAGUAUUGUCGGUCAGGAUGUGGUUCAUUUUGUUCCAGAGUUCUUUCACAAGUAA